AUGCAGCUCAACACCAUCCUCCUCGCCGCCCUCGCCGGCAUCACGCUCGCGGCGCCCGCGCCCGCGCCUGCGGCGGACAAGUGCCCCAAGCUCCCCACCCCGGCCCAGGCCAAGCGCAUCAAGGUCCAGGAGUCCGUCGGCCUGAGCUGCUCCGUCAGCACCCAGUGCACCUUUUACUGCACCGACUUCCAGGGCGGCGACUGCUUCCUCGACAUCAAUGGCGGCGGCAGCUGCGUCUUCUAA